AUGAGUGUGGAUACUCCUUUCGUGGAGUUAGUUCCUGUAGUUAACGGGUUUGCAGAGGUUUUUCCCACAGACUUGUCGGGUAUGCCACUUGAUUGUGAUAUUGACUUUUUCAUCGACUUCGAGCCUGGCACUCGACCUAUUUCUAUUCCACCUUACCAUAUGGCUCCAAAAGAGUUGAGUGAAUUGAAAGAGCAAUUGCAAGCCUUGUUGAGUAAGAGGUUCAUAAGAUCUAGCGUUUCCCGUUGGGGUUCUCCCGCGUUGAUUGUGAAUAAAAAUUAUGGUUCUAUGCGGAUGUGUAUCGAAUUUUGGCAAUUGAACAAAGCUACUAUUCGGAACAAGGAUAUAAUACCCCGCAUCGGUGAUUUGUUUGAUCAGCUUCAGGCUUCGAUUUUGGCCUUACAUGUGAACGGUAAAGACUUUAACAUUUAUUGUGAUGCUUCUCAAAUUGGUUUGGAUUAUGUGUUGAUGCAAGAAGGUAAGGCUAAUGUGGUAGUUGAUGUGUUGAGCCAAAAGGCAGUGAAUAUGGGCAGCUUGGCCCGCGUGAUUGUUAGGAAGCAUCACUUAGCUAUGGAGGUUCAGUCCUUGGCUAAUAGUAUGGUGAGGCUCGAUAUUUCAGAACCUAGCAAGGUUCUAACUUGUGUUAAGGCGAGGUCGUCUCUUUUAGAGCAGAUUAAGGCUCAGCUGUUUGAGGAUGCAAAAUUAUGUAAAAUCUGGGAUAAAGUGUUAAGUGGAGAAGCUACAGAGACUAUUCUUGAUGAUGAGGGUCUUUUGAGGAUUAAAGGGCGCAUUUGCGUUCCUAGGGUUGGUGGUUUGAUUAAGUUGAUUUUGAAGGAGGCUCACAGUUCCAGGUACUCCAUUCAUCCUAGUGCUAUAAAAAUGUAUCGCGACUUGGGACACCAUUAUUGCUGGGGUAGAAUGAAGAAGGACAAAGUGGAUUUUGUAUCUCAGUGUUUAAAUUGCCAGUAG